UGAGCGCUGACCAGGGGGCAGGCGGACUGACGUCACGUAGCGUCGUGUUGACAUUCGCGCGGCGCAGGAAAGACUGGAACCUCGAGCCCACCCGGGAGCACGAGUCAAACGUUAAAAAGACAAGGGAAAUCAAACACACACACACACACACACUCUCUAAACGUGCCGUGCUGCUUCUCAAAGCCAUGUUACCCAGCUCAAGAAUUAGGUGACUUUUGUCCUCAGUAGAAAACUGAGGAGAUGGAAUGAUAAAAUGGGCUACGGGAGUACCCGUUAACGAGGCUAGCUGUCCGACGAACAGUACGAGGAACCAGGAAUAAGGAUCCUGUUCCUUAACACCUGGGGUUCAUGGUGGGUUUCUUCAUACAUCCAGCAUCCCACAUUAUUCGGGGAGAAGCCUUGGGGGAGAAUGUGAAUCGCAAUGGCCAACUUUGAAGCAUACCAGGAGUACCAGCGGAUCGAGGACUUUGAGGAGGACUCGCCGCCUGGGGAGGAAGACUUGCUUGUGCACGUGCCAGAAGGCCUGAAAGAUUCAUGGCAUCAUAUCAAGAAUCUGGACAACUUCUUCACAAGAAUUUACCACUUCCACCAGAAGAAUGGCUUUGCUUGUAUGAUGCUGUCCGAGUUCUUCGAACUGGUACAGUUCCUGUUUGUGGUCACAUUUACGACAUUCCUCUUUAACUGCGUGGAGUACGAUGUGCUCUUUGCCAACCGGGCAGUGAACCACACCGGCCAAAACCCCCUGGACCGGAACAAGGUCACGCUGCCUGAUGCCAUCCUGCCCAGCCGGCAGUGCACAGAAAGGAUUCGGGAUAGCAGCUGGAUCAUUUUUCUCCUCAUCAUGGCUGCUAUCUUCUGGGUCUAUCGGCUGAUCAAGGUCUUCUGCAAUGUACUGAGCUACUGGGAGAUACGACAGUUUUACAUUAAAGCACUGAAAAUUAGGAUGGACGAGCUGUGCAACUUCACCUGGCAAGAGGUGCAGGGCCGGCUGAUCAGCCUACAGCGUGAGCAGCAGAUGUGCAUCCAUAAGAAGGAGCUGACAGAGCUGGACAUCUACCACCGCAUCCUGCGCUUCAAGAACUAUAUGGUAGCCAUGGUCAACAAGUCCCUGCUGCCAGUGCAGCUGCAGCUCCCCCUGCUGGGCGAAGUGGUCUUCCUCACACAGGGCCUCAAGUAUAACUUUGAGCUUAUCCUGUUUUGGGGGCCCGGCUCGCUCUUCCAGAACAAGUGGAACCUGCACCCCAAGUACAAGCGGGCUGGGAACCGGCUGGAGCUGGCACAGCAGCUGAGUCGCGUCAUCCUUCUGAUGGGCUUAGCAAACUUGCUGCUCUGCCCCUUCGUCCUGGUCUGGCAGGUGCUUUACGCCUUCUUCAGUUACACCGAGGCUAUCCGGCGCGAGCCUGGAAGCCUGGGCGCCCGCCGCUGGUCGCUCUACGGCCGCCUCUACCUGCGCCAUUUCAACGAGCUGGACCACGAGCUGCACAGCCGCCUGGGCCGCGGCUACAAGGCCGUCUCCAAGUACAUGAACUCCUUCACGUCGCCGCUGCUGGCCGUGCUGGCCCGCAAUGUGGCCUUCUUCUCGGGCUCCGUGCUGGCCGUGCUCAUCGCGCUGACCGUCUACGAUGAGGACGUGCUGACCGUGCAGCACAUUCUGACGGCUAUUACGGUGUUGGGUGUGGUCAUCACAGUGUCCAGGUCCUUCAUCCCGGACGAGCACAUGGUGUGGUGCCCGGAGCAGCUGCUGCAGUGUGUGCUGGCUCACAUCCACUACAUGCCCGACCACUGGAAGGGCAACGCCAACAAGGGCGAGACCCGCGAUGAGAUGGCCCAGCUCUUCCAGUACAAGGCGGUCUUCAUCCUGGAGGAGCUUUUGAGCCCCAUCGUCACGCCCUUCAUACUCAUCUUUCUGCUCCGCCACAAGUCUCUGGAAAUCAUCGACUUCUUCAGGAACUUCACCGUGGAGGUGGUGGGUGUGGGCGAUAUCUGCUCCUUCGCGCAGAUGGACGUCCGUCGCCACGGCAACCCGCAGUGGAUGUCAGAGGGCCAGACGGAAGCUUCCGUCUAUCAGCAGGCGGAGAACGGCAAGACGGAGCUGUCCCUCAUGCACUUCACCAUCAAGAACCCCCACUGGCAGCCCCCCCAGGAGAGCUCGAUCUUCAUCAGCCACCUGAAGGAGAAGGUGCAGCAGGAUGCCGCCACAGGGCCCCCCCGGGCCCUGCUGCUUUCCGAAGCCCCCCUCUGUGCCUCGCUGCUGUCCAACGAGUCCGGCCACGGGACUGAUAAUCUGCUGGCCAGCGUCCUGACCCACCCAGUGCUGACCGCCUCGGGACAGCCGGGACACGACCGGCGCUCCCACCCGGCCGGCACCACUGCCUCCGUGGCCGCUAGCGUUCUGGCCUCCCUGUCGGGUUCCCAGCUGCCGGGCCGCACGCGUUCCCACGGCCAGCUGCCGGUCGGCCACGCCGAGAGCCCCAUGUACCGCAGCGACCGCACCAUGGUGGACAGCAUGUCUGCCAGCGACUCACGGUUUCGAGGCGAGUCCAGGUCUGCCCUGCAGUUGGAGUUGGCCUCUGCUGAGAUGAGCCUACACGCCAUCUACAUGCACGAGGUACACCAGCAGGGUUCCCAGUCUCAGCGCCCCCCCGGACAGUGGCAGGCCCCCAUGCCCAUGAGGGAGCUUACAACAGAUACAGCACGGCUGCCCUCCCGUGCCGGGGGAUCCUCCGUGUCCACACAUGUAUACCCAGUAGGCUGGACAGAGGAAGAGGAGGGUGGUGAGGAUGAGGAGGUGGAGGUAGAUGUCAACAGCAGAUCUGGUUCACGUCGGGACAUGGGCAGGACCUGCUGAAGUGCCUUAACAUGGGGGUUUAAAUGUAUAUAAUUUUUUUUGUCUUUUUUUUUCUGCAAAUGAACGUCGUGGCCUUAGAUCAUUCAUGCCAACCCUGUUGAGUGAUGGUUGGGUUUAUAUGCAGAACUCUCCAAGGUCUCCACCGCAUCUCCGUUACUCUUGGUACCGCUCCUGGAAACAUGGGGGUGUGCGGCCUUCGUCUUCCAGCCCCCCACCCAGCGUCCCCCCACACCCUCCAGCACGGUUCUUCAUGUAACAGUAAACCUCAGUCCCGCUCAGCAGGAUUUGGACCUGGGGCAAAGAGGAUCCGCCUUUAUUUAUUCAUCUUUUUGCUUCUUGAUUUGUUGCUUUCUUUUGGGGAGCUGAACAUGAGCAAAGUCCGACCCACGCACUGCAACACACAGCUAACAAAAGACCCUUCUGCAGAGGGGGACAAGGUAACCAUCUGUAUACGAGUGUCCUAAGUUUACAGACUGACUGGGUGCUUUUGUGAGUUUAGUGGAACAGUGAUGCCUCCACAUUUGGACACUAAGAAGGAAGGAUCUGCUGUCCUUGUCUCUGUGGUAUCUACUCUGUUCAUCAUGAACUUAUGGCAUGUCACUCACUCACAGGACUCCUGGAGUCUACUUUUUAAAUCUUGUUCUGCAAGGUCUUGUUCUGCAUUGCUAUGGACGGCAAUUUAUUUUGUAGAUGGUUUGGAAAGAUUGGGAAAAAAACAAACACUAACCUGGUCUUAUAGCACUCUUCAUUUAGUAGAUCUGCACAUGAGGAUUGAUCCCACUCAUGGCGAAAAAAUAGGGGAGUUGCAGGAGUGAACCGUGACUCUCCGCCUGGAUCUGUGACAAAGGCCCGUUUGGGCUAGAUUCUGAGCGGGUGCUUAUAGUGAGACUCCCACAUAAAGUGGCUAACUGUCAGAGGUGAGCGAGUGCGGCUGCUAGGGGCAUCGUCAAAAGUCAUUCUGUUACCCUUUUUAUUUAAAUAUCACAUUUCACAUUGUGCAAUUGGAUGCAUAGUUAUUACUGAUUUUUAAUUUUCCACUAUUCAUUGACCUUUAACUUUCUCAUUCAAAAAAUUAUACAUGUAGGAUGUUUAACCACUCUUGGAACAAAAUCAAUUAAUCUUUAGAUAUUCUCUUUAAUAUAAAGUCCAGAGGUGUCAGUAGGGAUGUCUUCUCGUUCCAUUAUCAAGUUGUUAUCCACGUUAUACAAAGCAGGGUGGCUUGCAGAGUAGUUAAUACCAAAGGUGGUUUAUACUACUUGAAUCAUCAUUCAUCCGAAACUCCUCCAGUCUGGGUUCACUGGCCCCUUAAGUGUUGGAAACGCCACUCUAAGAAACCUAGACCUGUUUAAAAAUCUUAGCUGGUACCCCAUUCUCUGCUUGUUUGAUUACAAAAUACCCAUGUAACACCAGACCUUACUGUAUUUUGGUAUGUUGAUGUAAUGCAUGGGGCCAUUUAAAUGUCUGGGAGGGAAGAUCGAUUCUCCUACUGGCUGCUUUCUCCUGGAUUAUUUUUGUACUGGUGGGGCUUUGAAGCUUAUCAUGGUCUCCUGCUCAGGCUUCUAUUUACAGUCAGUACCUUCCUCCAGAACCAGAUGUCAUGGCUUAUAUCUGAACUAUACAUAGAACUUUAUUUAUAUGCUUUCUCAUUAUUUAAGCAAUACGUAUUUAUUUCAGAUAAGAUAAAUACACCAAUAAUUAUUAGGAACACUUGUAAAACAAGGUGAAUGUGAUUGGUUUUUGCAAACAAUAAUUUAAUGUAUUCUAGCACUACAUAAAAUGCAUUUAAUGCAAUGGGAUGGCUUGCCCCCCCCCUCCCCCGGCCUCUGUUGCAUGGCACCUUAAUUUUAAUGCAUGUUCAGUGAAAACUAAUCAGUCAAUUACUGGCAAUGAGUGCUUGGAUUUUAGCCAGGCGAUUGGCUGGGGUGGUAAGUAGAGGAUGUCCUCUACACGCUAAGAAAGAGCAGGGUGACCCCACCUGCGAUACAUGUGUCCCUGUGUAAUCGGUAACGAAUUAAAAGGAAAAUGAUGUGCACCAUUCAAACAACAAUGUUUUACUGCAACUUUGACAGCACUAGAACACAGUACCCUUUUAAUUUGCCGAUAUCCUGUAGAUAAAAUAUAAAAAUACUAAAUGUAAAAGUUUGUCUCUAAUCGCAGUGAAAUGAACUGUGUGUCUUUACAGAUGUUUGUUUGUAAGAGAAGCUAACAUACAGCUGUGUUAAGACAUCAUCUGUACAGCCUUUUGCACUGAGAACCUAAAGAGCUUCAUAGAUGGUAGCAGUAGCGUGGUGUGGGGGAAGGACCAAGGAGCUAUCUAUCCUCAGUCUUUGCCUUCUCACUCGACCUGGUUGUAAACAUUGUUUUCUCAUGGUCAUGGAAACGUCAAAAUAAUAGCAAAUUAAAAAAUCACCCCCCCCCCCAUGGAGGGCUCUAGGAUGGACUAAGGCAGCUAAAAUGGCGUCUACGUAUGUGAUGUCACAGACGUCAUGUCUGAAGCUUCUGUGCGUUAAAGCCUGUAUGAUAGACCCUGUUUGUUGCCUGUAUUCAUCUGUAUGCCAUGUACUGCAGGUGUGCCAGAGCUCUCAUUACAUGUUAAACGUGCAGGCAGCAUAUACUUUGAAAUGCUUUACGCAUAAGGUUUCAUUCGUUUGUAUCAGAACAAAAAAAAAACAGUUCAUGUACAGUAUUUGUGUUAUGACACGUGGGGGUGUAUGGUGCAAAAAAGCUUACCGAACAGAAUGUUGGCGUUACCACGGUGGGUGAGUGGUAGAUCCUUAGGGUCGUUUACUCCCUGAGAGUCGCUUGUCCUGUUUUCACACUGCUUACAUACAGCACGGCUACCUCGGCUAGGAUGUUUAAGGUGUAAGUGUAAGCUGUGGGCAGAAGGACCACUUAUGAGCGCACCCCCACCGGUCUGUCAUGGCCGGCGUGACGGAAAUGUCAGGGUAUGUCUGUCUGUGUUAGGGGCAGCAGAGCUCUCUGCUGUGACACGCUCGCAGUCUACAUACAACUGUUCAGCAUUUCCUUACAUAUUCACCUACACCCUGCCUGCACACUGUUACUUUCAUUUCCACUUUUAAACCAGACUGAAGAGAAAGGCAACAAUUACUGGUCCAAGGUGCUAAGUGCUUGGAUUUUGGUUUUUUAAUUUAAAUUUUUUCUUUGUGCGUGUGUGUGUCGAUUUUUAUUUAAAACUCUCAUGAAAAUGAAACAUGCCAUUGGAGCUGCCCAACUGGGCACCUCUGCUUGGUUUACACUGUUAUCAGUUUUAAAGAAAUGCGUAGCUUUAUGAAACAUCUUCAUCUGUUCUCUUGGUUCGUGAACAGGAGAAAAAUCUUAUUUUGUGUGUAUUAAAUGGAAGUAGUGUUUUGAAAGAUGCAUUUGGUUUCCAAUAAAAAGCUGAAUUUGUUCAUGUCA